CAAAUGUUAGGCUUCUUGAUGUCAAAAACAGCCUGAUCUGGAACAUAAUUCUAGUUCCUGGCAGCUGAUACACAUGAUGGUGAGACCUUUCUUGUUUUUGCCUCUGUGAUCCAGGCAGCUUCAUGGCUUCUCAAGGAAAAGUUUGAAUGGUAACCAGAAUAUGAGCUGGAAAAAGAAGGCCCAGUUAAUACAACCACGCAAGAUCUUCUUCCAGGUUCUCUGCAGAUGUCUGAGCAAUCAAAGCCUUCAGAAACAACCAUAAUCUGGAAACAAACCCAGCUUCCAUCUGGUUUUCCACCUGGUUUGGAAUACUUAAGACAGUUGGAUCAGAUCAUUAUUCACCAGCAAGUCGAACUUCUUCAAGUUAUACUCGGAACUGAAACCUGCAGUAAAUAUGAGAUAAAAAAUCACAUGGGGCAAAGAGUUUAUUUUGCUGUGGAAGAAAAUGGUUUCUUUGAUCGGAAUUUCUGUGCACCAUUACGGUCUUUCACCAUAAGAAUCACAGACAAUAGUGGUCAAGAGGUGAUCACUGUGAACAGACCAUUAAGAUGUAGUAGCUGCUGGUUUCCAUGCUAUCUUCAACAGUUAGAAGUUCAAUCACCUCCUGGAACCACAAUUGGCUACAUUGUGCAGAAAUGGGACCCCUUGCUACCAAUAUUUACAAUCAGGAAUGGGAAUAAUGAAGAUGUGUUGAAGAUCACAGGUCCUUACAUCACAUGCGGUUGCUUUGGAGAUGUUGAUUUUGAGGUAAAAACUGUAAAUGAUAUGUCAACUAUUGGCAAAAUUUCUAAGUAUUGGUCUGGAUUUGUCAAUAACAUAUUUACUAAUACAGCCAACUUUGGCAUUCAGAUUCCUGUGGACCUUGAUGUAAAAAUCAAAGCUGUGAUGAUCGGUGCUUGUUUUCUCCUAGACUUAAUGUUCUUUGAAAAUUCCUUGGAUGGGUUGUAACAAGCAAGAUGAUAAGAAUAAUAAAAUAUGCAAACGACAUUUCACGGUCCCUUGAGCACUGGAUAUUACUUUUGAACUGUACAAUCUGAUUUUUUUUGUAAGGGGGAGGGGGCAAUAAUGAUGAUUAUUAAACUCUACCUUGUGUAAAUAAUUGUUUUCUUCUUUUAAUUGUGGAAUGGUUGUUAACUGUUUUAUUGUGAGUGUGUGCAACAUUGCUUUGGAGCUGCUGCAAUUCUCUUUGGGUUCCUUUGAUGUUAUUGCAUUAGAAAGCAUGAAAGAUUAGAACUCAGAUGAGCUGCCCCACUGAUGAAAAGCUUUGAUUCACAACCCCUUUGAAGUUUUGCAAGUGUUGGCCCCAGCUAUUAGCAAAAGAGAGAGCAAUAGUUUUAUUUCCUUAUACCCCAAGAAGCUUUCAGAUUUAGAGUUCAAUUAACAGUAACUAACAGAGACAUCAUCUACUGGGAAAGUUUA